UUUUAUGGCUUCGCUCUGACUCUCUCUCUCUCUAUAUAUAUACGCUCACUUUGCUCAGCACUUGUCAACAAUCCCAAAUAAAUUACUAUGCUAUGUUAACAAAAUCCGAAAUUUUUUUUAAAAAAAUGCAUUUUUCAAGGAGAGGUUCGAUUCUGCAUUAGCCAGUCUUCUGACAUUUAUUCCUGCAUACACUUUUUUCCACGUUAUAUUCGGAAAUUGUUACAUUCGAAGACUCGGUUUUAAUUUAUGCCUUUUGCAAGUUUCAAUUGGCAACUCUUUCCUUCUACCGGAGAAUUUAAGAAAUACACAGCAUAUAAAGGGGGACAACUUCAUUCUUUGUCCGAUGUAUAUGAUAGGCAAGAGGUCGAUUGAAUUGUUGCUGAUAGCGCACUGACUAAUUGCAUGUGAAGAACGAUGAUCGGACGACAUUAGCAUCAUGGCAUUGCUUCCAUCAUCAGUAUUUAUCACCUUUUAAAACUGAAAGAAAAUAUUGUACAGAAAAGAUUUCAUAACUGUAGAGAAUUACAGUAAAAUAUUUCUUCUGAACUGAGAUUGAUAGCAACGUUUCUCUCCUUAAAUAUUUGGAAUGUCUACAAUGUGAUAUUGUACACCAAUUAAACUUGGAUAAUUUUAUAAAGAAUCCUACAGCAUCUUCAGAUAUUACCAGAGAUUGCAGUUGAUGGAAAUAGAGUUGUAAAAUUAUUUGUUAGCAAUAAACUUUUGAAUGAAAAUAGGAAAUGUAUCCAUGUGAUGAUAAAAGUAAAAUAAUGGACAAAUGGAUUGUGUGAGAAAACUGAAAAAUAUAUUGUUAUUGCAAAGAGAUGUCGAAAGAGAAACCACAAUCAAGAUAUCAGUGCAAUAUCUGUAAAACGUUUUUCACUUACAAACAUAGUUUAACUACACACAAACGUAUACAUACAGGAGAGAAGCCAUUUCACUGUGAUAUCUGUGGUGAAUCAUUCUCUGUUCGAAUUGAUUUGACUAAACACAAACGUAUUCAUUCUGGAAAGAGGCUAUUUCACUGUGAUAUCUGUGGUAAAUUAUGCUCUUGUGGGAGUGCCUUAAUAUCUCACAAACGUAUUCAUACGGGGGAGAAGCCAGUUUACUGUGAUAUCUGUGGUAAAUCAUUCUCUCAAAGUAGCUGUUUAACUUAUCACAAACGUAUUCAUACAGGAGAGAAGCCAUUUGAUUGUGAUAUCUGCGGUAAAUCAUUUCCUGCUGGAAGUUCUUUAACAUCUCACAAGCGUAUUCAUACAGGAGAGAAACCAUUUCACUGUGAUAUCUGUGGUAAAUCAUUCUCUUUUCGAAGUGCCUUAGUAUCUCACAAGCGUAUUCAUACUGGAGAGAGGCCAUUUCACUGUGAUAUCUGUGGUAAAUCGUUCUCUGAAAGAAGGAAUUUAACUAAUCACAAACGUAUUCAUACUGGAGAGAAGCCAUUUAAUUGUGAUAUCUGUGGUAAAUCAUUCUCUCGAAGUAGCAAUUUAACUGUCCACAAGCGUAUUCAUACUGGGGAGAAGCCAUUUCACUGUGAUAUUUGUGGUAAACCAUUCUGUCAAAUUGGGAAUUUAACUGAUCACAAGCGUACUCACACAGGAGAGAAGCCAUUUGAAUGCGAUAUCUGUAGUAAAUCAUUCUCUCUUCAUAGCACUUUAACCAAACAUAAAUGUAUUCACACAGGGAAGCAGCCAUUUCACUGUGAUUUCUAUGGUAAAUGAUUCUCUUGAAGUGAGAAUUUAGCUGAUCACAAAUGUAUUCAUACUGGAGAGAAACCAUUUGAAUGUGAUAUCUGUGGUAAAUCAUUCUCUCACAGUAACACCAACCAUAAACAUAUUCACACGGGUGAGAAACCAUAACACUGUGAUAUCUGUGGAAAUCUUUCUCUCAAAAUUGAUUCUAAAAAUCUUUGUCUUAUGUAACCACAAAUAAAAGAAAUAUCUUGCCUAACUGUAAAUGUAUUCACACAUGACCUACCAUGUAACAGUAUAUAAGAGCAACUACUUGACUCUAUAUGUUAUAUAUAUCCUAUCCACAAUUGUAUUUAUAUUUUAAUAAAAUUGCCCUUUCAAAACAUU